AUGUGUUUGUUUCUGUUUCGUUAUAUUGUGUGCCACCUUAGCUUUCCUUUGACAUUAAAAAAACCUUUGUUUUCAGGCAAAACUGUAAAAAUUCCCUCAACCUCCGUAUCGAGAUACGAGAUUUUCUCGUCCGCUCAAGGAUCUUCUGACGCUGCUUGUAAAUCAAUUCAAGAUCCGUCUGUCUCAUCCUCAACCUCCUUAACUAAAGGAGAUGGCUGCAGCAGUGAGCAAGAUGAUCAAGCUUCCGACAGCUGGGUGACGUUAUCACAUGACUGGUUGGAGCCUGAAGUUGAUUUGCAAGCCUCAUCUUUGCAUAAUCCAAGCUUGCUAAAGUCUUCUUCUCCUUCCUACUCUGCUUCUCUUCCUGUCGCUAAUCAAGGCAUAACUCCAGGCUUUUUGACUUGCAACUCAACCAAUCAAGAUUUGAGUGCCAUACAGGAAAACUGUAAGCAUUCUGGUCCAUCCUCUGGGUCCAUCCCUCCAAUCCCCAACGCUUUGGCUUCCAGUCCUUCUACUAUAGUCUUAAGUUCGUCCUACUCAGAAGAUUUAGUCAAUCCGAGUGCCUUGGCCUCAUUCUCAGUAACAUCUUCGACCAAACAUUCGCCCUCUGACGAUCGGUGUAAAGACAAAUUUAAAAACGCGGUGAGUAUGGAUAUUUUAUAA